AUGAUAAUUGUUCUCGUCACAGUACUCCUUACGUCGCACUUUAUCCAAGGUAGUGCCGCCGAAUGCAAAGACUGCAAGAAGGACCUGGAUAGAGAUAGUAAGAUGAACACUAUUCUGGGCUUGCUCGAUAAAGCGGCGGAGAUUUUGAACUCGAUCAAAGUCGAUCCAAAAGGGAAUGUCAAUAUCAUGGGCGUGGAUGUUGGACGUAACAAGAAAUCAUCCCCUUGA